CCAAACCUUGAUUUUGUUUUGGCUAUAUAUAAACUUUGUCAACUCUUCCUAUACAUAAGCUUUUCUUUCUUUACCUCUCUGUGCUUCUCCUUAAUUCUUGGUUUCUUUCUUAGUCACAGUGGUUCAUCUUUGCAGGUUGUUUAGAAAAGAAAAAUGGUGAAGAUAUGCUGCAUUGGUGCUGGAUAUGUGGGGGGUCCUACAAUGGCAGUCAUUGCAUUAAAGUGUCCAUCCAUUGAAGUGGCUGUGGUUGAUAUCUCUAAAUCGCGCAUUGCAGCCUGGAACAGCGAUCAGCUUCCUAUCUAUGAGCCAGGCCUUGAUGAUGUGGUAAAGCAAUGUCGUGGCAAGAACCUUUUCUUCAGCACUGAUGUAGAAAAACAUGUCUAUGAGGCUGACAUAGUGUUUGUCUCUGUGAACACCCCAACUAAAACUCGGGGUCUUGGAGCUGGCAAAGCAGCAGAUUUGACAUAUUGGGAGAGCGCAGCUCGCAUGAUCGCCGAUGUUUCUAAGUCUGACAAAAUUGUUGUAGAGAAAUCCACUGUCCCUGUCAAAACUGCUGAGGCUAUAGAGAAGAUUCUAACCCACAAUGCCAAGGGUAUCAAGUUCCAGAUUCUAUCAAACCCAGAAUUCCUUGCUGAGGGAACUGCAAUCAAAGAUCUUUUUAACCCGGACCGGGUUCUCAUUGGAGGAAGGGAGAUCCCAGAAGGCCAGAAAGCUAUUCAAACAUUGAAGGAUGUUUAUGCUCAGUGGGUACCUGAGGAGAGAAUCUUAACCACAAAUCUUUGGUCUGCAGAGUUGUCUAAGCUUGCUGCUAAUGCCUUCUUGGCUCAAAGGAUUUCAUCUGUCAAUGCCAUGUCAGCGCUUUGCGAGGCUACCGGGGCAAAUGUUAAACAAGUGUCCUAUGCUGUUGGUACUGACACAAGGAUUGGACCUAAGUUCCUGAAUGCUAGUGUUGGUUUUGGUGGAUCUUGCUUCCAGAAAGAUAUCUUGAACCUUGUUUACAUAUGUGAGUGCAAUGGACUUCCUGAGGUAGCAGAGUAUUGGAAACAAGUGAUCAAGAUUAAUGAUUAUCAGAAGAGUCGUUUUGUGAACCGUGUAGUUGCAUCAAUGUUUAACACAGUUGCAACAAAAAAGAUAGCCAUUCUGGGAUUUGCAUUCAAGAAGGAUACUGGGGAUACAAGGGAGACUCCAGCCAUUGAUGUGUGCAAGGGGCUACUCGGUGAUAAAGCGCGGCUUAGCAUAUAUGAUCCACAGGUAACUGAGGACCAAAUUCAGAGGGAUCUAUGGAUGAACAAGUUUGAUUGGGACCACCCUAUACAUUUGCAGCCCACAAGUCCCACAACUGAGAAGAAAGUUAGUGUGGUUUGGGAUGCUUAUGAAGCAACAAAGGAUGCAGAUGGUGUUUGCAUUCUGACUGAAUGGGAUGAGUUCAAGACUCUUGAUUAUCAGAGAAUAUAUGAUAAUAUGAGAAAACCAGCUUUUGUUUUUGAUGGAAGGAACAUUGUGGAUAUGGAAAAGCUACGUGAGAUUGGCUUCAUUGUGUACUCAAUUGGUAAGCCACUUGAUCCAUGGCUCAAGGACAUGCCAGCUGUGGCCUAAAACAAAAUGAACUGCAUUUUAAGUCAAGAAUUGAGGCAUUCAGUUUGAUUCAAUAAUCAUUAUUAUUUUUGUUACAAGUUUUUCUUUGCCACUUUUUACUUUCCAAUUGUAGUUGGCAUAAAUGAGUAUAAAUUCUGGGAAAGUAGGGAGGCUCUAUGUUUUGCCUUUCUUUGUACUCCAAAUUC